AUGGCUUCUUCAGUUCGUGCUUUGACGUCAAAGGGUCGUUUGACUCCUCUCUGCCGUGUUCGUGCUUCGACACCUGCGAUUUCACUGCAGAGGCGAGGCAAUGCUACGAUUGUGCCUUUCAGACUCCCCGCCGCUCGCAAUGAGCCCAAUCCCACAUACACAAAGAACUCGCCUGAGCGCGCAAAGGUAGAAGCAGCCCUCAAGAAACUCCGUUCUCAGCUCCCUCUAAAGAGUGAAAUCAUCUUCAACGGCGUGUCCCAAAAGAUUCACGCCAACGAAGACCAAGUCCUCCCCGCAGAACACGCCACAACAUUCACAAACUACCCCCUCGCUUCAAAGGAGCAAGUCAGUGCUGCUAUCGAGUCUGCCCUCAAGGCGAAGAAGGACUGGCAAAACACACCGUUCGUCGACCGUGCUGCUAUCUUCCAGCGCGCCGCGGAACUUGCUACCACAAAGUAUCGAUAUGAGCUUAUCGCUUCGACGAUGUUGGGGCAGGGAAAGAAUGUUUGGCAGGGUGAGAUCGAUGCUGCGGCUGAGUUGGCGGAUUUCUUCCGUCUGGCUGGCCAUUACGCUGCUGAGAUUAUGAGCAAGCAGCCUGAGCGUGGAACAGACGGUAUUUGGACGCGCAUCGACUACCGACCUCUUGAGGGAUUCAUCUACGCUGUUUCUCCGUUCAACUUCUCUGCCAUCGGCGGAAACCUCAUCGCACCCGCUAUUCUCGGCAACGUUGUCCUCUGGAAGCCUUCGCAGUACAACAUUCACCCCAGCACCAUCAUUUACAAGAUCCUCCAGGAGGCCGGUCUUCCCAAGGAUGUUAUCCAAUUCGUCCCUGGCGACGCCGCCGAGAUCACCGAGACUGUCCUUGCGCAUCGCGAAUUCGCUGGUCUCAACUUUGUUGGUUCUUCAGAGGUUUUCCGCUCGAUCUAUGGAAAGAUUGGUCAGGGUAUUGCUGAGAAGCGAUACCGCGAUUUCCCUCGCGUUGUCGGCGAGACCUCUGGAAAGAACUUCCACCUUGUUCACCCCUCUGCCGAUAUCAACAACGUCGUCAACCACACCAUCCGAGGUGCCUUUGAGUACCAAGGUCAGAAGUGCUCUGCUACUUCUCGCGCCUAUAUCCCCGAGUCGAAGGCCAAGGAGUUCUUCUCUCUCAUUCAGCAGAAGAUGAAGGACAUUACCCAAGGUAGCCCAGACAAGGAUUUCGAGGCUUUCAUGGGCCCUGUCAUCCACGGCCGGUCUUUUGAGAAGAUCAAGAAGAUCAUUGAUGAGAGCAACAAGGAUCCUCAGGUCAAGCUCAUUGCUGGUGGAAAGUACGAUGGUUCCGUUGGAUACUUUGUCAAGCCUACUGUUUACCAGGUUGACUCGCCUGAUCACCGUCUCUUCAACGAGGAGAUCUUCGGCCCUGUUCUUGCAGUCUAUGUCUACAAGGACUCUGACUUCACUCCUAUGCUGAAGAACAUUGAUGAGAAUGGCGGUGGCCUUGCCUUGACUGGUGCCGUCUUUGCUCAAGACCGUGCUGCCCUCCGUGAAGCUGAGGAUGCUCUUCGCUACUCUGCUGGUAACUUCUACCUCAACUGCAAGACAACUGCUGCUCUCAUCGGCCAGCAAUCUUUCGGUGGUGCUCGCAGCUCUGGUACCAACGACCGAGCUGGUAGCCCUGACAUGCUUCGACGAUUUGUGUCUCCUCGUCUCGUCAAGGAGGAGUUCUUUGAGCUUGAGGAGUUCUUGUAUCCUUCCAACACCCAAUAG